AUGGCCGCCGUUAAUGUAUAUCAUACAAGUGUAACAACAGACAAUCUUAGUCGUAAUGAUAUUCUACAAUGGAUAAAUACAGCACUUGAAGCUAAUUUUACUAAAAUUGAAGAUCUUUGUACUGGUGCUGCUUAUUGUCAAUUUAUGGAAAUGAUGUUUCCAGGCGCCAUAGGUACACGAUCAAAACGGGUCAAAUGGAAUACAAAGCUUGAGCAUGAAUAUAUUAAUAAUUUUAAAGUAUUACAAGAAUAUUUUAAAGCACUUACAGUAGAUAAGAUUGUACCUGUUGAAAAAUUAGUCAAAGGUAAAUUUCAAGAUAAUUUUGAAUUUGUUCAAUGGUUUAAAAAAUUCUUUGAUGCUAAUUAUACUGCUGCACAUGAUUAUGAUCCUGUAGCUGCUCGAGAUGGACAACCAUUAGGUAAUGGCAAAACAAGCGGUGCUGGUUCAGGUAUUCGUGCGCCACCUGCUUCUCGACCACCGCCAGUGGCACCAGUGCGAGCUGCUCCACCAGUAGCAAAACCACCAGUUACCACUAAACCAAUGCAACAACAUCAACAAAAAAUUUCUCCAUCAACUCAUCGUCCUGCUGGAGCUGGACAUCAUGUUGAUCCUCAUCAUGGAUUACAUAGUAAUGAAAAUAUUCGGUUACAACAAGAAAUUGAUACAUUGCAAGAUAUAGUUCAACAACAUGCCGCACAAAUAGCUGGUCUUGAAAAAGAACGAGAUUUUUAUUAUCAAAAAUUACGUGAUGUAGAAGUUAUUUGUCAAGAACCAGAAUGUGAAUCAUUACCACAAAUACAAAAAAUUCUUGAAAUACUUUAUGCUACAGAAGAGGGUUUUGCGCAACCCGAUCAAGAGAAUGGUGUUGGUGAUUUAGAUGAAGCAAAUGGUUUGACUGUUGGUAAUAAUGGUAAUGGUUCUGCUCUUAUUGGUGGUGAUGAUGAUACAUAUUAG